UUUUUUUAUAUGCAUGUUAUAACAUAAGAGUUGGUGUUAAUGUUUUAAGUGCACUGGUGUGUAAAGAAGGGCCAAUAUGGAGUACAAAUACACUAUUCAUAUAGUGUUCCUGUUUAUUGUUAUGGAAAUAGUUGGUGGCGUGCAGCGGUUCUCUGAGCUGCCGACGUACACGGAAGUAAACCCGGGCGAAGACGCGCUGCUCAAGUGCCGGAUAUCCGAUAAGAAGGGAAUUUGUUCUUGGCAGAAAGACAACAAGCCAGUAGGCAUCUACCGCGGUAAGUAUGAAUGGGUUGGCGAGCACAACGCUGCGAACGGAGACUGCUCGCUGUUGGUACGCGCUGCCACGCUACAGCUGGAUGAUGGCCAGUGGCAAUGCCAGGUCACCGCUAGCAACUAUAAUGUACAGGAUGCUUUAUCAAGUGCUCCCGCCGCUCUCGCUGUGCGGGUCCCGCCGCAAUCCCCAAGGAUACUCUUCAACGGGUCCCACGUGCUGCCGGGUCAGAACAUCACGGUGCCCGCUGGCGCCAGAGCGACUGUCGUCUGCGAGGCUAGAUACGGCAAUCCGCCUGCGUACAUCGAGUGGUAUUUAGAAAGAGAGCGACUAACGGCCUGGAGUCAUACGAACGCGUCAGAAGUAGAAAGACCCAGGGUGUGGGCGGCGCGCUCAGUGCUGGAGAUGGGAGCAACCAGGUCGGCGCACGGCAAAAGACUAAAGUGCCGAGCCCACCAUCCGUCCUUCACUCCACCUUACUUUCGGGACUCUUAUACUAUGCUUGAUGUUACGUAUGUACCAGUAGUAUCCAUCAUGGGUGCUGAUGCAAGUGAACUAUCCAGUUUAGAAGAGAACAUAAGCGUACUGUCGUUAGAAUGCAAAGCGGACGGUAACCCUAAACCUUAUGUGUGGUGGACGAAGAACGGACAAAUCAUUGCAACAAACGGCCCAAAGCUCAUACUUGCACCAGUAACAAGGAAUCACUCGGGAACAUACGGUUGUCAAGCGAGAAACUCUCUUGGGACUUCUGAUUCAGUUAAAAUUGAUAUUGACAUUAAAUUUCCACCACGAGUAACCUGGGUUGGACCAGACUUUGUGAUCGAUGCAAAUCUGUUCUCACAAGUGACUCUAGAAUGCAUAGCUGAAGGAAAUCCACUUCCUUUAUACCAAUGGUAUCACAGACCAGAAUCUACGAUACAUUCCAAUGACAACAAGAUAUUUGACGAUGAUUAUUUGAUAUCUUCUACAACACAGCUUCAACUCCACAACGUGUCUUAUCACCAACACGGGAAAUAUAUUUGUGUUGCUAAGAAUUAUAUCGGCCACGAGGAGAAGUAA